UAAAUAAACAAGAGUGUUUUGGACAUCCUGGUGUCGGUCUGUCUGUGUCUGGGGGUACGGUUUCCACACCUUUUAUAAUCUUCUUAAAGGCACAAUCAUUGGAGUUGAUCAACCAAGCAUUUCACUACAUAUUAUACGGUCAUUUGGAAGAUCUCAUUCCAGGAUGUGUUGGAUAGUGAUCCAAAUCCUUAUUCAGUUCUGGUGCUGAAAGUAUACAUUACAAAACAUGGAAGCGCUGGUCGACAUUGAUCAAAUGAAUGAAGAUGAGCUCACUGAGUAUGCAGUUCAGCUAAGUAUACAGGAGUCACUCGAGGAAAGCAAAAAACAUCUUAAGGACAGUGUGGCAGCAAUAAGUGAACAAAAUGAAAGGAUUUUUUCAGCAGUAAAGAAAGGCCAUGUAUUUGAGCUUCAGCAGCUGACUAAGUAUAGAUAUGCAUUUGAAGAAGCUGAUGAAAGAGGAUGGCUUCCACUGCAUGAGGCUGCUGUACAGCCAGUACAACAAAUAAUGGAGAUAAUACUGGAUGCUACAAGUGAAGAUAUUUUGGAGCAGAUGACUUUCAACGGCGAGACUGCUUUAACUCUAGCAAUUGAAGCUGGCCAUGUUGAGAAUGUAAAGCUCCUGCUAGAAAAGGGAGCUUCACCCUACACUUCUAACAAAAACAAUCAGACGCCUCUUCAGCUUGCUGUAAAAUGUGGAAUUUAUGAAAUGGUAGCCAUUCUUUUGAAGAACGAGUCUCCAGUGAGUCAGCCUUGUGAAACACAAUGGACUUCAAUGCAUGAGGCUGCCAAGAUGGGUCGCACUGACAUUUUGAGUCUUUUAAUAAAGCAUGGAGGGGAUGUGAAUCAAAGAGUUCGCUAUGGAGUAACACCUCUAAGCACUGCAGCUGAAUUUGGUCAUACAGAAGCAACUGAACUUCUAAUUCAUAAAGGUGCAGAUGUUAAUUCGAGAGCUUCCGACGGAGGAAGUGUCCUGUAUGAUGCAGCAGGAGGUGGCAAUCCAGACUGUGUAGCAUUGCUAUUAGAAUAUGGUGCAAGUGCCAAUGUGCCCAGUCUUAGUGGAUAUUUGCCAAUACACAGAGCAGCAUAUGAAGGACAUUACCUGGCUUUGCAAACACUUAUUCCAGCAACCUAUCACAGUGCCAUUAGAAGAACUGGUCUAAGUCCCAUGCAUUCUGCAGCAGAAGGAGGCAGCUCCCAAUGCAUCGAACUGCUUCUUGAAAAUGAAUUUGACGUCAAUGCUGUCCUUGACCAAACAAUGUCCGAGAACUAUGGGGAUGCAAGAAAAACCCCCCUUUAUUUUUCAGUGUCCAAUGGGGAUGUAACUUGUACUGAGCUGCUACUUAAAUCCGGAGCCAGUCCAAAUCGAGACCCUUUGAACUGCCUUCUGGUGGCAGUCAGAGAGGGCAACUAUGAAAUUGUAAGACUACUACUCUCAUAUGGAGCUGAUGUUAACUGUUACUUUAUGGCUGUGAAUGAUACACACUUCCCUAGUGCCAUCCAGUACUGUCUAAAAGAUGAGAUGAUGAUGAGACUUUUGCUGAAUAAUGGUUAUGACGUUAGCAAGUGCUUUGAGUGUAUCCAUGGUGAUAUCUUUGGGAAAUCUUUCCCAUGGGCAGAUCUCACAGAGAAGCGAUUUUCAGGAUGGGCUCCAUAUAGCAGCAGGGAUACCCUGUUCUGUGACUUCAUUAAUGUGACCUGGUUGAGUCAAAUCACAGGAAAGAUCAUUCGAAUCCUUUUGGAUUACGUGGACUUUGCUCCAAUAUGUGCUAAACUGAGGCCAUCUCUUGAGAAGCAAAAAGAGUGGAAAGAAAUCUGUAGCAUUCUUGGGAAUCCACGACCACUGAAGCAUCUAUGCCGGCUGGUAAUUCGCAGGCACGUGACGCUACCUCGAUUACGAAACCCUGCUUCAAUGAACUUGCUUCCUUUGCCAGGGGUGUUGAAGAAAUACAUUUUAUUCAGUGAAUAUGAUCUUUAUGGAAGAGAUAUGGAUGAAAUAAGAUGAACGUCACCCAACUCAUACCACAAGUAGUACAUGGCAGCAUCUUCUUGAUGCUAGACUCCAGUUCUAGUAGAAAUGCCUUAUCAUUUAUUAUAUUUUUACUUUGGAAUUUAUAUUUUUAAAAUUACUAAAUUUAAACAUUUCAGUUCAGUUAUGCCAGUAUGCAUAACUUUAAAAAUACGUUGUUGGUACUGAGCUGUAGAAAUAGGCAGUGCGAUAAUAAACUGUUUAGUGGCGUUUCACAAUGCAUGUUUUCUACUCAACGUGUAAAGUCAAGAAACAUGUCCACCCUUAUUUAUGAAAUGGUCACAUCCUUAAACAUGGUUAUAAACUUCCAAAGUAAUUUAGUUAUAUGUUCCAAGUGUUUAAGCUGGGCCUAAACCUACAUUAAUAUCAAACCUCCUGAAAAUCCUUCAGCUGGCUCAUGUAUAGCCCAGAGAAAGCAGCAGUACUUCUCAAGACAUAUCUGUUGGCAUCAGCCAUCCCUCGACCUUCAGAGCCUGCUUUUUUUUUGUUCAUUCCAACUCCGUUUGAGCAAAGCCUGUCCCACCAUUACUGGGUUAAAACCUGGAAACAACUUAUAUGAAGGUACACUCACUCAAACCAGUCCAAUUUUUAGGCACAAACUGAAAUAACAUCCGCUAUGCGGCAAAAUCCAAGUACUUGGAGAAAAAUGUGCCAACUCCGGACAGACCCCAGGACAUGGGAAGAAUACACAAGCAACAUGCAGGCAGUGACUAAGUUGGGAGUGAGGUCACUGAAGCCAUGAGGCGUUAGUGUUAACAGCUGUGGCACUAUGCUGACCCCAAAGGUCUUCAAUGCCACCUUAAACACAGCAGUGGCACCACAGCGCAACUAUAAACACUGCGGCCUGAAGUGUCAACUCUGUAGAUGCAGAAGGACAGUGGAUUCUGCUGGGCUCAAAAUGUGCCAUACAUGCAUUUUUCACUUUGUACAUAUUAGAUAAGAAAGCUUCCUCACUUCUUUCAAACAUUUUGCGCUCCUAGUUUAAUUUUUUUGACAUUUCCUUAGUUAUGCAGUGGGUACUUAAUUUCACACCACUUUAGUUUUCGCCAUAGUUACUGUUAUUAAGUGUUUUGCAAUUUGCUUUUUGUACAUAUACAGUAUACUGUAUGCUUUUUAUUACUUAACAUGUCAUUAAUCCAA